AUGGCUAUAUUAAUAAGUUCUUACCAAAAAUUUAUAGUUUUUAUUUUGGUUAUAUAUUAUCAAUUUUAUAUAUCUUAUGGUGCCCCAACAGCUAAACCAUUAAAUGAUGGUUUCACAAAUGAAGAAGAUAAAAAUUUAGACAAACUUGCUGUUUCUGUUCUUUCUGCAACAGUCAAUGAUUCACCAUCAACAAAAGAAAUUAAUAAAAAAAUUUUAAAAGAUCCUGGUAUGAGAAGAGGAAGUGGGUCAUCAUCUAAACGAAUGUUUCAAGGUGGUACAAAUGGAUAUGGAAGAUUUGGUAAUGAUAUGAAUGGAUAUGGUAUGGGACCUAAUUUUGGUGGUUAUGGAAACGGCAUGAAUAAUGAUAUGGGAGGUUAUGGAAUGGGAGGUGGAUAUGGAAUGGGUGGUGGAUAUGGUCCAGAUAUGAAUAAUGGCUAUGGAAUGGGUGGUGGAUACGGAAUGGGUGGUGGUUACGGCCCAGAUAUGAAUAAUGGUUACGGAAUGGGUGGUGGAUAUGGAAUGGGUGGUGGUUAUGGCCCAGAUAUGAAUAAUGGUUAUGGAAUGGGUGGUGGAUAUGGUGGUAUGAAUGGAAACGGUUUUAAUGGUGGAUAUGGAGGUUUUGGACCUGAUAUGGGAAAUGGUUAUGGAGGUUAUCGAGGAGGAAUGGGAGGUGGCUUUGGUCCUGAUUAUGGAAAUGGUAUGGGAUCAUUCUCCGGUGGUGGUGGUAGUUGUCCAAAUGGAGAAUGUCGUGGAAAAAAAUAA